AUGAGCAUCAAUGUGUUGCUGAUUGUAAGAAUUGAGAAUUGUUUUGCAUUUUACAGAUUCUAUAAACAGAAAAGUAGAUUUGAAUAUGAAAUGACAAUUUUCUUGGCAACUGUGAAAGUUGUAAAUUCCUUCUCAGCCCAAAAUGCCAAUGGAUCGAUCUACAUAAUAAUUUGUGAAUGGGUAUUCGAUUUGUUUUUACUCUGCAAUGCACUUUGUUAUGCUCUCUCUUUUUGCACUAUUAUCAUAUUUGUUCUUAUUGUGAUAUUUGGACUUAUCAGAGGAGAUUUCCCUAUUGUAAACCGAGGCUUGUCUCCAGAAGAGUUGUAAACAUUGACAAGAAAACCGUGGAUCGAAUAUUAGGUACCAUAAUAAGAAGACUGUCCUAUCUGCUUAUGUCAAUUGGAAUAGAUGGAAAUUGUGGUCUAAUUGCCUAAAUGUAAUCAUUAUUUUCAUGAUAUUUGCAUUGAUGAAUGGCUUAAUGCAAAACCUUUGUGUCCAUCCUGUAGAAAUAAUGUGAGAAUGGCAUUACUAAAUGAUUGA